CACAUCCCUGGCUGCAUGCCCCAUCCCUGUCUGUGCUCCAUCCGUGUUUGCCCCAAGCUGAAAGGCUCAUCCCUUCCUGCAUGCCCUGUGCCUGCCGAUGUGCCCCAUACAUACCUGAGCGCCUCAUCCCUCCCCAAACACCACAUCCUCACUUGCACGCCGCCUCUGUCUGCGCACCCCAUCCCUGUCUACCCGCUUCACCCCUGCGGUGCGCUCCGCCCCUCUCGAGCGUCCCGUCCCUGUGCGCCCCGUCCCUGCGUGCGCGCCGCGCAUCCUCCGCGGUGCCCGCUCUGUCCGAGCCCCGGGGAAGCCUCGGGGGAGGCGGCGGCGGCGGGCGGGGGCGGACUGGCGGCAGCGGCUGCUCCCCGCCUCCCUCCCCCCCGCCCGGCAGCAGGGGGCCGCGCCCCCGCGCACCUCCCUGCCCUGCGGGGCCCGGAGGCGCCGCGCACCCCGCGCCGCUCGCAGAGGCGCGCAGGGGCGGCCGCGAUGCAGGCGCGGGGCGGCGGAGCGGGCGGGCUCCGGUGCACCACUCCGGAGCGUCGCGGGAGGAGGAUGGCGGCGGCGGCGGGGCCACGCCGGGGUACCGGCGCCCCCCUGCUCGCCCUCGCCCUGGGGCUCCUCGCCGCCGCGCAGGUUUGUGGAGACCAAAAUCAAGAAGCAGUUUUCCUACGUGAAUUUACAUUGAUACGGAGAGAUAGUCUUCAUGACGAUUUCCUAUCUGAUUUGCUGCAUAACCACAAAACAGAAGAUCCGAGCUCCAGAACAGCUCGCUCAGAAGAAGACCGAGACUCACUGUGGGAUGCCUGGGGUUCGUGGAGCGAAUGUUCACGCACUUGUGGAGGAGGGGCUUCGUAUUCUCUGAGACGCUGCCUGAGCAGCAAGACCUGUGAGGGGCGAAACAUCCGGUACAGGACAUGCAGCAACGUGGACUGCCCACCAGAAGCAGGUGAUUUUCGUGCUCAGCAGUGCUCUGCUCACAACGAUGUCAAGUACCAGGGACAGUUUUAUGAGUGGCUCCCCAUCUCUAAUGACCCUGACAACCCAUGUUCACUCAAGUGCCAGGCCAGAGGAGCAGCUCUGGUUGUGGAGCUGGCACCAAAGGUUCUGGAUGGGACCCGGUGCUACACUGAAUCCCUGGACAUGUGCAUCAGUGGCUUGUGCCAGAUCGUUGGCUGUGACCGCCAGCUGGGAAGCACAGUCAAGGAAGAUAACUGUGGGGUCUGCAAUGGUGAUGGGUCUACCUGCCGGCUGGUUCGAGGCCAGUAUAAGUCCCAGCUCUCAGCAAAUAAACUGGAUGAUACGGUGGUUGCUAUCCCUUAUGGAAGCAGGCAAGUUCGCCUUGUGCUGAAAGGACCCGAUCAUUUAUAUUUGGAAACCAAGACUCUCCAAGGUGUGAAGAGUGAAAACAGCCUCAGCUCCACAGGUUCCUUUGUCGUGGACAAUUCUAGUGUUGAUUUCCAGAAGUUUUCUGACAAGGAGAUAUUAAGAAUAUCUGGGCCUCUCACAGCAGACUUCACUAUCAAGAUCCGCUAUGCUGGUGCUGCUGACAGUUCAGUUCAGUUUAUAUUCUAUCAGCCUAUCGUUCACCGAUGGAGGGAAACUGAUUUUUUCCCUUGUUCAGCAUCCUGUGGAGGAGGUUAUCAACUGACAUCUGCUGAAUGUUUUGAUCUGAGAAGCAACCGAGUAGUAGCAGAUCAAUACUGUCACUAUUAUCCCGAAAAUAUCAAGCCAAAGCCAAAACUUCAAGAAUGUAAUCUGGAUCCUUGUCCUGCAAGUGAUGGAUACAAGCAGAUCAUGCCCUAUGACCUCUACCAUCCCCUUCCUCGAUGGGAAAGUACACCCUGGACUGCCUGUUCCUCAUCUUGUGGAGGAGGCAUUCAAAGCCGCAGCGUCUCAUGUGUGGAAGAAGACAUUCAGGGGCAUAUCAGCCCUGUGGAAGAAUGGAAAUGCAUGUAUACUCCAAAGAUGCCUGUUGUCCAACCUUGCAAUAUAUUUGACUGCCCAAAGUGGCUUGCUCAGGAAUGGUCUCCGUGCACUGUGACCUGUGGACAAGGACUCAGAUACCGUGUGGUCCUUUGCAUUGAUCACAGGGGGAUGCAUACAGGAGGCUGUAGUCCUAAAACAAAGCCACACAUUAAAGAAGAAUGCAUCGUACCCACUCCUUGCUACAAACCAAAAGAGAAACUUCCUGUGGAAGCAAAGUUGCCAUGGUAUAAGCAGGCUCAAGAGCUGGAGGAAGGAGCAGUGGUGUCUGAAGAACCAUCGUUUAUUCCUGAGGCUUGGUCCACCUGUAGUGUCACCUGUGGAGUGGGCAGCCAGGUGCGGCUUGUGAAAUGUCAAGUGCUCCUCUCUUUCUCUCAGUCUGUGGCUGACUUGCCCAUUGAUGAAUGUGAAGGUCCUAAACCUGUGUCUCAGAGAGCCUGUUACAGUGGUCCCUGCAGUGGCGAGGCAACCGAAUAUACCCCAGAGGAAACAGAGCUGCUGUAUGGCAGCCUGCAGGAGUUUGAUGAGCUCUAUGACUGGGAAUACGAGGGUUUUACGGAGUGUUCAGAGUCCUGUGGAGGAGGUGUCCAGGAGGCUGUGGUGACCUGCCUGAACAAACAAACCAGAGAGACUGCAGACGAAACGCUCUGUGUAACCAGUCGCCGUCCUCCACAGCUGCUGAAAGCCUGUAGCCUGGACCCUUGCCCCCCAAGAUGGGAGAUUGGGAAAUGGAGCACUUGCAGUCUUACCUGUGGAGUUGGACUGCAGACCCGGGAUGUCUUCUGUUCUCAUCUACUAUCAAGAGAGACUAACGAGACUGUGAUUUUGGCAGAUGAAUUGUGCUAUAAACCUAAGCCAUCCCUCGUGCAAGCCUGUAAUCGUUUUGACUGUCCACCCUCCUGGUAUCCUACAGAAUGGCAAGAGUGUUCACAAACAUGUGGCAGUGGUGUCCAGAAGCGAGAUAUACCUUGCAAGCAGCGCCUAGCAGAUGGAAGCUUGUUAGAGUUGCCAGAAACCUUCUGCUCCAUGCCAAGGCCUGUUACCCAACAAGCCUGCAAAAAUGAGGACUGUCCUAAUGAAUGGCUUCUCUCUGACUGGACACAGUGUUCUGUGAGCUGUGGAGAGGGCACCCAGAGUCGAAAUGCCAUUUGCAGAAAGAUGCUGAAAACUGGGGAUUCUGUCAUCAUCAAUUCCUCACUGUGCCCACCUUUGCCAUUCUCAUCCUUGAUCAGGCCCUGUGCACUAGGCACCUGUGCAAGGCACAACAGGCCAGCUCAUAAGCAAAGCCCCCAUAUUAUGGCCGUAAGGAAAGUUUACAUCCAGACAAGGAAGCAGAAGAAGCUACACUUUAUUGUGGGCGGGUAUGCCUACUUGCUGCCCAAAACCUCCAUUAUUCUCCGAUGCCCCACAAGGAGGUUCCGGAAAUCAAUGAUCACUUGGGAGAAGGAUGACAAGAGGCUAAUCAGCUCAGCUCACAUCACCAUUGCACCCUAUGGGUACAUGAAAAUCCAUCGUUUGAAGCCUUCAGACACGGGUACAUACACCUGCAUAGCAGGACCAUCCCAGGAGCAUUUCACAAUUAAACUAAUUGGAAGCAACAAGAAGAUCAUUGCUGGGCAGCCAACUGGUAUCAGGGAGGAAGAGGCCAGGAGAAAGGCCAGCUCAAAUGAAGCCUUGCGAACACAGGAGAAACAUAUCAAUGGGAUUCUCUUCAAUGGGAGCAAGGCUGAAAAGCGAGGGCAUCUUGCUGAUCCCAGCAGCUGGUAUGACGAUAUUAUCUCAAGGCUGCUACAGCACAGGAGAUGGCCAGGGGAAAAUCUGGAGUUCUGGGAAGCCCAGGAGUCGACGGAAAGAAACACAUCCUCAGAGGAGGACCAGAGCCGGGAGUAUAGCCUGCCAUUUACUAUGGUCACAGAGCAGAAACGCUUGGAUGAUAUCAUAAGGAAUUUGUCUCAACAGCCUGAGGAGCUUAAGGAUGUCUACACUGAGCAGCUUGUUGUGCAGUUGGCUCAUGAGUUUUUCAAGAGCCACUUGGAGCACCAGGAGUCUGUCCUCAAAACAUCAAGGCGAAGAAUAGAUUCAGCCUCAGUGGAAUACCCUCUCAACAGGCAUGUUUCUGGAUUUACCAGCUCCCUGAGGACAUCAUCUGCUGAAACACUUUUUCCCAGCUCUGUAGACCUGGCAAAUGGCUUUCGCAGACCUCAUCAAAAGCCUGCCAUCCUCCGAAAGAUUUCAGCAGCACAACAGCUUUCUGCUUCAGAGGUUGUUACCCACCUGGGACAGACGGUGGUCCUAGCCAGUGGCACACUGAGCGUGCUGCUUCACUGUGAAGCCGUGGGAAACCCAAAGCCCACCAUCAGCUGGGCUAAGAAUGGAGAGGAAGUGAAAUACAGUGAUAGGAUGUUACUUCAGCCUGAUGACUCCUUGCAAAUUCUAGCGCCUGUGGAAGCUGAUGUGGGUUUCUAUGCUUGCAAUGCAUCCAAUGCCCUGGGGUCUGACUCAGUCUCCAUUGCUGUCACUCUAGCAGGAAAGCCACUGAUAAAGGCAUCAAGAACCACUGUGAUCAACACUGAAUCACCUGUCGUUACAGUUGAUAUUGGAAGCACAGUGAAAACCAUCCAGAGAGCAAAUGUUAUGAUUAGCUGCCAGGUUGCAGGUGUUCCUGAAGCAGAAGUUACUUGGUUUAAGAACAAGGUCAAGCUGCCCUCUGGUCGCCAUCUGCAUGAUGGGCUGCUGCUAAUUGCAAAUGUUUCUCUGUCAGAUCAGGGCUUGUACUCCUGCAAGGCAGCCAAUCUUCGUGGGGAAGUAACUGAAAGCUCCCAACUGCUGGUUCUUGAGCCUCCACGACCUCUUCCUUACCUAGAAGACUUGACAGCAGUGCUUUCCAGUGCUGGGACCAGCACUCGUUCAGUUCUGACCUCUCCCUCAGGAACAAAAAUGACCGUCAGCCCAGGGAGCUCUCCUCUCAUAGGGUGUGCUGUGGAUGGUCAUCCAAUGCCAAACAUCACCUGGUUCUAUUCUGGUGAGCCUCUCAGUCUGCGCCAUCGCCUCCUGGCAGAGGGACGGAUUCUUCAGAUACUCAACAUCAGUGAUGCUCCUCAUGGUGAAUUCAGCUGCCUUGCUCAGAAUGAGGCUGGCUCUCUCACACAAAAAACAUCCCUGGCUAUACAAGAAUACCAGUGGUCAGUGGACAAGCUAAUGGCCUGUUCAGCUUCCUGUGGCCACAAAGGUGUGCAGCUGCCGCAGUUGACGUGCUUACUGGAUGGGGCCGAAGUCAACAUAUCCUACUGCAAGGAGAAGCCCAAGCCAACCCUGCAGCCCAUAGCAUGCAACAGGAAAGACUGUCCUUCACGAUGGAUGGUAACAUCAUGGUCUCCCUGCACACGGAGCUGUGGAGGAGGCAUCCAGACGCGGCGAGUGACAUGUCAGCGCCUAACAGCGACAGGCAGCUCUGUCCCAAUGUCAAACGAGGCUUGUACCCAGGUGUCCAAGCGCCCUGUGGACACACAGAACUGUAACAGGCAGCCCUGUGUUGAGUGGGUGGCCUCUUCUUGGGGCCAGUGUAAUGGGCCUUGCAUUGGACCACGACUAGCUGUACAGCACAGGCAGAUAUUUUGCCAGACCAAAGAUGGGACUUCCGUGUCAUCUGAUCAAUGCAGUGCCUUACCAAGGCCUUUGAGCACCCAGAACUGCUGGACCGACAUCUGUGGCGUGCACUGGAGGGUCAGCCUGUGGACCGUCUGCACAGCUACCUGCGGAAACUAUGGCUUCCAGUCCCGGCGCGUGGACUGCGUGCACGUCCGCACCAACAAGCCCGUGAUGGAGCAUCAUUGCUCCUGGAGGCCACGACCAGCGAACUGGCAGCGCUGCAACAUCACCCCCUGUGAGAACAUGGAGUGCAGAGACACCACGAGGUACUGCGAGAAAGUUAAGCAGCUCAAACUCUGCCAGCUCACCCAGUUCAAGUCACGCUGCUGUGGAACUUGUGGAAAAGCUUGAAGACAAAAGCAAAGGAAAUGGAGGAACAAGGGGAUCUCAGCCUUUGCUUCACUGAGGCGAGGACUUUGCAGAAAAUAUAAAUGGAAUGGAAUUGUUUUUCAUUUUAUUUAUUUAUUUCCCGGGGGGGUGGGGGGGUAGUGGGAAGAAAAAAGAAAAAAAAAAAAAAAAGAAACACCUUUUACCAAAUUGUUGUUGUAAAGGGACGAAUCUGGGAGACAGAAUGCAGCAAAACAUGGUCAUGAGGGAUGAGAGUAGACCAUAAAAUGUCACUGAGCCCCCUGCAUGCAACCAGAAGUGGGCUUGUGAGGAGUGGAGCUGCCCCAUAAAGCAUGUAAGUGCCAGGGGAUACACCAACGGAUAGGGAAGUGGAUCAGAGUAAAAACCUAGCAUCACAUUGGAUCACCACAAUAUUAAAUGAAUAAUCAGACAGCUUGGAAGGUCACAGGACACUAGAAGAAAAACAAAACUAAACUAAAUAUUUUGCUGUGCAGUAUGAAGAUACUUCAUCUAUCUUACACUGCUUUGAGAAUAAAAGCAUGUGAUUUCACUUUAUAAACCUAUUUUUUACAUCCAAGAUUGGAUUAAUUUUUUCCUUUGUAAACCCCUCUCUCUUUCUCACAACACGCCUUCAAAUUAUUUCAGUGAGAAAUCCUUGCGAUCUUUGAGGAUCUGGUUUCUAGGGAAGUUGAACAAUGGUGUGUAAUGUAAGUGAACCUAACACACACCUGGAAGUGUUCCCAGGCUGUGAUGGUGAGUAAGGACUGGGGAUAGGAGGGUUGCCUUCAUCACAGAGGUGAGGUGACCAUGUUAAUUAUUAUCCAGAAGAAGGAGAGAAAGUAUGAUCUGCUAUUGACAGACUGCAGUACAAACCUGCAAACACUGUCCUGUAGAGCGCACAGACAGGAAAGACAGCGAUAGUCUGUAGUAAAAGGAACUACUUCAUAUACUGCAUCCUAUUAAUGCUUACUUGGAAAAGAGAGGAGUACUACUUCCCAGGGUUCAGGUGUUUUCAGACCUGGGAUUUUUGCAAAGGAACUUGAGAAAGUAGCUUUUCCUAUCCUGCUAAUGUGAAAUGUCUUUCUCCAGGCAAACAAGCCUUAUGGACAAGUAGUAGGGAAUAGCUGUAUUCUGAUCUCUUGUAGUUAUUCCUUCUCAGUAUAAACAGAAUGGAUUCAGCAUCAGCCUCAGAGGACUAUUGCCAAUAAUUUUAACAAACGCGCCCCUCUCCAGCAGCCUCCCACAGCAAAACAGGUGCUAUAAAGCAGCACAUUUUUAAGCCCAUGCAUAACACCUUGAAGAUACUGUCUGAAAAGUAAGGGUUAAACACCACACCCACAAAAUGACUUUGCAAGCUGUCUGUGAGUCUUUCCCCCUGGCCAGUUGCAGUGGUUAUUCAGCCAGUGAAGUGCUUCAUCCUUUUAGUUCCUGAGCACUCUCUGCUCUGCUCAGAAAAUGGCCCUAAAAUUAGAGGAAAUCUGCAAAGUAGAGUGUUUGAGCAUCAUGAACCUUUAAACAAGACCUACCUGGAUCUGAGGCUUUGAUUCAAGACCAUCUCUAAAUUAAAGGAUUGUCUGUGCCUCUUCCAUCACCCCCCACUGGGAGUGCCUUGUGGUACAUUAAUGAAAUGCUGUUCAAAUACUGCUGUGUUACAGAUUCCAUGAUGUGUGGAUUGUUCAGCAAAACUGGGAGUCCACUUUUGAGGUCAGUGAGAGGUUCAUGACAUUUUAAACUGUCUUGCUUUGUGUUACUUCAAAACACAUCUGGCAGUGAACACUCUUACUACAAAUGGGUCUUCAAGAAAUAGUGUUCCUAAGCAUCAGUGUAACUUUUUAUUUAAAAAAAAAAGAAGAAUGUCUUUCUAUGUAUGUAAAUGUAUAUCUUUUCUGUAUAUUUAUUAGGAUUUCUUGUAUAAAAAGUGCAAUAUUAAUAAUUGUACAUGAUUUUGUCCAGAUAAAACUAUUUUGUUUUUUUUUUAAAUCUCCCCAGAAUUUUGUUCCUCUAAAAUCAAUGGUAAUAGUGUUUUUCUCUUAAUUUUAAUAGCACUUGCAUUUAAUUGGG